CCCCGCCCAGUGUUUGAUUCCUGGGACGCGAUAGCGUAUCUGAUGCGGACACUCUACCGUAUGUUCAUUUCAUUUACGACAGUUUCGUUUCCUAUAGCCUUUUUCAUCCCUUCCUGUCUCUUCCGUUACGCUUUCCUUCCUAUUUAUAUUGAGCUGUUUGGCCGACCAUAUCUCCGUCUCUUCUCUUUCUGGAUUUUCUUCGAACAUCUUGGAAUUAAAGAUGAGUAACGGUAACUGCAUCGCCAAGUCUGAGAAAGAACAGUUCUUGAAGGAGUUUAGCGACGAUUACGGGUACCCGAAUGCUCCCAAGGGCAUCGACGAGAUCCGAUCUUCUGAAUUCAAGAGACUAGAUGGUCUUGUCUACCUGGAUCAUGCCGGAACAACUUUAUAUUCCGAGUUACAAAUGGAAGCAAUCUUCAAAGGCCUUACUACGAAUGUUUAUGGAAAUCCCCAUAGCCAAAGUGACUCCAGCUUGGCCACUUCUGACAUUAUCAGGGAAGCUCGCCAACAGGUUCUUGAUUUCUGUAAUGCAUCCCCUGAAUAUUACAAAUGUAUAUUUACUUCUGGAGCAACAGCUGCGCUAAAACUUAUUGGAGAGGCCUUUCCUUGGAGCAGCCUGAGUACUUUCAUGUACACUAUGGAAAACCACAAUAGCGUUCUUGGAAUUCGAGAGUAUCCUUUGACCAUGACAAUCUUGUUUGUUGGCUGAGUAGUCCAGACACAAUAUAAUAUGUAUCUUCGUGUUAAAGGACUGACCUUCCUUCUGGGAGAAGUGCAGUGGUAAUGUGUGCUAUAACUGACCAGUGGGUUUGGUCCUAACCAUUUAUAGAAUUGCAGUCUAUUGAGUUGAUCAAGUGUAUGGGCCUAAAUGAAGAUAUGACAAAAGACAGAAAUACAUGGAAGUUUAGAAUUCAUGUAGCUAACCCCACAUAGUGGGAUAAAGGCUGGAUAUUUUGUUGUUGUUGUAGUCUAUUGAGUCGAUCAGGCACAACAGCUGCUAGGUCUUAACUUAAAUAGUCACUUCCAUUCCCAAAGAGGAUGUACUACUCAAGUUCUUCUAAAAAUGAUUUAUUUGAGUGUCUUGUUAAUAAGAACAUAUAAGUGAAAAGGCAGCCAACAAAAUGCUUAUCAGUAUUAUGGUCGUCUGAACUCAUACUCAAA